UGUUGUUGUUUUUCAGAAGGCUUAAUGAAAAUGAGUGAAGGAAUGAAUAUUCAUAUCAGCAUCAGAUUCUUGCUCUUCCUAAAUGUAGACCUAAGAUAUUUCUAACCUGAGGUAAACAAAAACGGACAAUCGCACAAAUAGGGAGCAUGAAGAGGAGGAGGAAGGUGAGAUGAAGAAAGAGGAGGUGGUGGAGCAUCAGCUCCAUUGAGUGGAGACAUCAGUGCAGGUGUCUUCGUUUUUCUAUCCACGAUAGCUCGGACACAAGAUCCAGCUGCCAGUGUUUCAAGACACGGUUGAAAUAAUCAUUUUUUUCAAUUUGCACCGAAAUUCGGGGAGCAGGAAGCGGUGCAGGGGAGGAUGGGAGCCUGGAUGUGAGCCACCCCAGCUGGGUGAGGACGAGACUCGAUGCGUGGGAGCUGAGCCGUGAAAUUUUCGCUGCCAUUGACUGAGGCUGACGAUAAAAAAAAUGGAAGGUAUGAGAUGGAAAAACCGAGUGCAUCCAGAGGCAGUCGCUCACAGCAGCGAUCACCUUCUGCUGUGACGCAUUUGCCUUGUUUCUGUGGAGUCCGGUGGUCGGAGCUGAAAGGAUGCUACAGAUGUGCUGUAAUUCCAGGCUUCACGCUGCAGAUGUGGGCUGCUGGGAGAAGGGAAAGGGCCUGUUGAUUACAGCUGAGAAUAAACACGAUGAGCGCGCUGUCAGUCGGCACCGAUGCUGAGGGAUCUGCUGGACCGGUCUGCUCUGCUGGAUCUCCACGCUUCAUUUCGAAGAUUGCAGUGAGAUGUUGUAAUAACAUUGCCAUUACGCUGCUGCAGAUUGUGAUGAUGAGGAAGAUGCUGGUGGUGGCACCACUCAUCUGACCUUGUCUCUUGAUCUGUUGGACGUGACUGGACCCCGGCUCUGGUGCUGCAAGAACAAUGCAGAGCACUCAGGCACCAGGUAUGGGCACAAAUUUUACCGAUGGUUUACCCUGGGAGUCAGGAUUGGCCAACUUAACAUGGUCCUCCACAGCCAGCUGUGUGGUCAAGAUGGUGCUUAUAUCCAUCAUUGUGUGUGUGUCUCUAUUUGGGAACGUGGUGGUUUUGCUGGUGUUCCAGAGGAAACCUCAGUUACUUCACGUGGCCAACCGCUUUGUCCUCAACCUCCUCUUAGCAGAUUUACUACAGACCAUACUCGUCAUGCCCUUCGCCAUGGCAGCCACCGUGCCUAGUGUGUGGCCCCUGGAUGUCCGAUUAUGCCAGGCCCUGGUGGUACUCAUGCACCUUUUUGCUUUCACGGGGGUCAACACCAUUAUUGUGGUCUCCAUUGACCGGUACCUGGCCAUUAUCCAUCCUCUGUCAUAUCCCACCCGUAUGACCCCUCACCUGGGGACCAACCUCAUCAUCUGCACUUGGGUGCUCAGCUUUCUACAGAGCACGCCUCCUCUUUACGGCUGGGGGGCCAUCGUUUUCGACCGGCACCAUAACAUGUGUUCAGUGGUGUGGUCCUUCAGCUUGUCCUACUCUGUUGUGGUGUCCAGCUUCUCUUUUUGGUUGCCUGUUCUCAUAAUGCUCGGUUGUUACUGGAUGGUGUUCAGAGCUGCCCGGAGGCAAAACGCUCUGGUUCAUCCAAUACAGUCUCAGUCCUACUCUCAGCCCUCCCCACAGGACUUCCAGGGACAGAGCAGUCCACACCGGCAGCCUCAUGGUCCGACAGCAGGUUCACCUGGUGGUCAGUACUCAACCAGAGGAUACCCUGUGCGAGUCAGACACAGACGCUUUCACUACCACUGCAAGGCGGCUCGUGUGGUCUUCGUGAUUAUGGCCUCGUACGUACUGAGCAUGGGACCCUACAGUAUAUUAAAUACAAUAUCAAUGAGCCCCAGAGCGUCCAUACCUUCCUGGCUGUCCUCUGUGGCUCUCGUGCUCUUCUUCUUACAGUGUUGCCUACACCCUUACAUUUAUGGAUACAUGCACCGAAGCGUGAGAAAAGAGUUCCUGGCUUUGCUGUGUGGACUGUUCUGCAAACAGAGCCGUCCCCGCCAGAGCUCGGCUGUUGAGAGCUGCUUCACCACCACAGAGGGGCGUUCAGCUGCCCACCAUCACCUGCCCAGCUUGGCUGCUCGAGUACUGCCUCUGCGGACAUGGGAAGAGUGCACUACAUCUUCUUCCCCCACUUUUGAACGCAAGUCGAGGGACAGUCGGAAAGACACCACCUCUACCAGCAUCAGCUCAGAGAGAGAACUCACAGUCAACAGUAAACACAGCUCAUGAGCCCGCUGUAGUAUUAAUCCUACAGACAGAUGUUUGACAAUGAUGAAUGGCUCGAAUGUAUGUCUGGUGAACGUUCCUCUUGUUCUUAGAUAUGUUGUUGUUUAUAAUAGAGACAGGUCAAAAAAAAACGUAGUUAUUUUUUUCAUAAGCGAAAAUUAACAAAAAUAUAUGUUUUGUUUAGUCUACAAACUCACUCAGUCAAUACUGAUUUAGAGUGGUUAUUUGCAAGUGGCUCUAAUGCAGAGGGGCAUUAUUUAGUGACUUUUGUUUUUAAAAAAUAUAUUUUAAUCUUGAACCAAAAUGUGCUUUGUUUAGAUAAAAAAUUAGGUUGAAUUAAGCAGAGCCCUUUUAAUUCCAGACCAUGACUUAUCAGUCUUAAUUAACUGAAUGUUAGUUAAUUGUAUGAUGUUUUUUGGUGAUAUUAUUUAAAUGUAAAAUGACUCACCGGACGAGACAAAGCGAGCCGUUUGAUCGUUUACAUCAGUAGUAGGCUCUCCUCAAGGUGCCUGCCAUGUUGGAUCAUCGUAUUUGGGUUUUAACAAGAACUGAAGGUCGCUGUUGGUUCUCCUACAGUUUCAGACAGGAAUGGAGAGAUGACGUAUAUUAAACCAAAAUGUGUAACUUUACCACAAGAUGUUGCACAGUGUACCUCUGACAUGUACAUUUAUCUCUUUGUCCUUUUGAAUCAAUUUGUGUGUGGUACCGGUUCAAAGUGUUACCUUCAGCAAACUCAGGAUAAUCCACUGGGGGAAGAAAUUUAGUGCCAACCUUGAGUUUUGUUCAGCAAGUGAACUUAUGUAUGUGAAUGCCAUUGUCCCUGUGAUGUCAGUCAGUGUUAACAGUCCUUUACUGUGUUAAGCACUUUUUGAGUAAAUGGGUAGAGUAGACCCAUUUGUGGCGGUUACCUAAAGAGACACAGGGUUAAUUUUGUGAUAAGGAGACAACACUAAUGAUAUUAUGUGGACUCUGGUAGCUUUUUCCUUGGUGACAACAUCCGCCUGAGUGCAGUGUUUUAUGUUGUAAAAUUACAGGGUAGGCUGUGUUAUGCUGUUUUUUUGACCGACUGGACAGAGUUUUCAUGUUCAGUUGAGCACUUGUAAAUUUGUAGAGAUACAAUAUUGUAGUAGAAGAAGCGGACUGUUUAGGCCACGAAAAAAAAAUAAGACAGAAAAAACACUAUGACCUUUGUGACUCUGUGACAUGACCUACCUAGAAAAAGACAACACAGUAGGUUAAUCAGGUAGGUGUCAUAGUUGCAUGAGAAAAUGUGCAUAAGUGUUUCCAGUCAAGUGUUUUCAGUUAUGUUUUAUACAUCAAUCAUAUUAAAAGAAAAAGUGCAUUAUUGUUAUUAUUAUUAUCACUACCAUAUCUAUUGUUGUUUCAUUCAAUGGCAUCAAUUUAGGUGAUUUUUCAGCAGUUCACCUUAGUGUCAGUAUCACAAUAUAAAAAGUGACUCGCUACAGAACAACACGGUACAUUGGACAGUUCAUAAAUUAUCGUCAGACAAAGGUGUGCUGAAUGCUUUAAAACUGUGAUGUCCAACAUGCGUCAGUAUUAUUUAUAGUUUCAUACUAUAACAUAAGACUUUCUUGUUUAAUAAAAGUCCAUUAUGUUGUACAAGUCUUUUUUAUAUUGAAAUGUCUGUGCCUAACUACGGUUCCUUAAACAGAACCUUUAUAUCGUUCUACUGUAAUGAGUGUCUUUAAAACUACCAAUAAUAUCCCUGUGGUCAACUGAAGGCAAAGUUCUGUUAAACAAAAAUAUGUUUUAAAGCAGGAGUACUUUCUUGAGUGUUUUAUUCAUGAUCACUUCAAAAUGAAAAGUUAAUUUGACUGAGCAGACAAAGUCUUUUCCUAUGAAGUACUGUAGUGUCAGGGCUAGGGAAUGUUAUACUUCUCUCUUUAGUUUGAGUGGGAUAACACAAUGCAAUGUUUGGCACAAAACUAGCUAAAUGUUUCCUCUGAAACUUUCUACUCCAAACAUUUGAAUAAAACAGCUAGAGCACUUAAGCUUAAAGGCAACACUGACAUUCAGUUUGCUGCACAAGUUAAUAGUAAGUUGUCUCAGAUAUGAAGACUGCACAAGUUAAAGGCUAAAGUCAGCUAACUGUUUCAGUUAAAAACAAGAUGGACACCUCUGAACAAGGCCUGUUUCUGGAGUACUUUUAUCAACAAAUUAUGUGUAUGGGUUUUACAAUGACAAAGACAAAGCAUGUACGAUGACUUCAGUGCCCAAAGACAAGAGGAAAUGCUAAGAAAUAGUUAAAUAAACAAAUGUACAUUUAAAAAAGACAAGUAGCUUUUACCUACAGUUGGUAUAAGGGGUAGCCAUCUUGGUUUUGAACACCAGGUCACUUCCUGACAACAGCUUAUUUUACCACACCUUUGGCAUUUCGACCUCUGAUACCUUGAGAAUAAGAAAGAAAAAAAAUGAUUGAUGUGUCCUUUAGAAGUAAACAAUUCUUAUAAAAACGUUUAUAUAGUUUUGCAGCCAGUUUCUGUUGGCCAGGUGUGGUAUUGCAGCCAAAGCAGGAAUUUGGGAGUUGUUAAUUUAGUAAUAUAGUAAUAUAUAGUAGUACUGAAACAUACUCAUUGUUUACUACUACAUACAUUUUAUUGGUAAGAUUACAUCAUUAGUUUUAUUUUUUCAGAUUAAUGAAAACCCUAUAACACAAUGUCUGGGUUUCACCCAAAUGAUAUGAGCUUAGAAAUAGUUUGGAAGUGAAAGUGAAUUAUUGUCAUUGUGACAGUGUCAUCUUGCCUAUAACCCAAACCUUUGCCCAUAUCGGUAUCGGUUGUUGACAUCAGAAUCAGAAAUUUAGUGUUUGAACAAUAUCAGAUAUCAGCAAAAACAUUCCUACCUUGAUCAUUUAGAAUAAAUUGAAAAUGAUUUUUUUCCCCUUACAUAGAUGAUUUGUGAUUUGUAUGAAUUUAUAUUAC